UAUUGUAGCAAGUCAUCAUAUUGAUCAAUUAUACAUAUUUCCUUAAAAAAAUUAUCAGUUGAUCGAUUACUCGAUUAAUCUAAUCGAAGGAAAAGAUCACACAAAUCUCUAAAUUUAAGGCACCUACUCCUCCAUCAUGAGCCCUAGAUUCAACAACUACCCAUCAUUUGUCACUGAGCCCAAGCCCGAGUCCGGGCCUGCUUCUUCCACCUCCGGUGAUGAUUCAAAAACUGAAGCAUCAUCACCCAAGAAAAGGAGGGGGAUAAAGAAGAGGGUGGCGACUAUACCGAUCAAUGGCGUGGAUGGAUCUAAGAGCAAAGGAGAGACAUAUCCACCGUCAGAUUCAUGGGCCUGGAGGAAGUACGGCCAGAAGCCCAUCAAAGGGUCCCCUUAUCCUAGGGCAUACUAUCGAUGCAGCAGUUCAAAGGGGUGUCCCGCGAGGAAGCAAAUUGAGAGAAGCCGUGUGGACCCCACUAUGCUCAUCGUCACCUACGCCUGCGAUCACAACCACUCCCUCCCCGCCGCUAGGUCCCGCUCCACCACCGUAGAUCCCGCCACUCCCUCCUCCUCAAGCGACGGUACUGUUACCACUGCCGCCGACUCCAUCUCCGGGAUCCUACAGGAGGAGCCCGAGGCUUCCGCGAGCCAUCCCGAUCUCGAACUCGCCGGCGACUCUGCGGUUUUGCUCGCCUACCACCACCACCGCAGCGAAUUUGAAUGGUUCGAUGACUUGGCCUCCGCCGGGGUUCUGGAAAGUCCGAUUUGCGGGGAGGCUGAGGAGGUGGCGGUGGCGGUGGCGAUGAGGGAAGAAGACGAGUCUCUGUUCGCUGACCUCGGCGAGUUGCCGGAGUGUUCAUCGGUUUUCCGGCGAGGGAACACGGUGAGGUCCAGCGCGAUUCAGUGCGGUGGCACCGCAGGAUAACGCAACCCUGCUGUAACUUUUUCUCUGUUCAAUAUUCAGCUCUGCGCAUAUAUAUUAAUUCACCGCAUGAAAAUCUGGUGCAUUUGAAAAUUUGAUAUAGGGAAAAUUAAAUAUUUAUUUUACCAUUCAUGUUACCUUACUUUAGUAGUUCAU